AUUUAAAGUUUCACGGUGCAGUAGUUUGUAGGUCAAUGUUGUAUCGGUGCUGUGUCUGUGUUGUGUGUUAAACUUGAACCUUACGCUGCGACCGAAGAUGAAGGCUCCUCUGCUGCUCAUUCUGGCUGUUUGGUUGCACACUCAGUCCGGCGGUUGCGCUCUCUCCUCCUGCACUGUCCCUCCAUCAAAGUGGUGCUCAUCUCUGGACUCAGCUCUGCAGUGCGGGGUUUUGAAGCAGUGCCUUCAGUCUAACUUCACCAGGUCCCGUCAGACUGCAGAUACAGUCAAGGUGGGGCUUUACUAUGAGAGUCUGUGUCCCGGCUGCAGAAACUUUCUCAGUGGCAUGCUCUUCCCCACCUUCGUCUUGCUGAAUGAUAUCAUGUCUGUUGAGCUGGUGCCCUACGGCAAUGCACAGGAGAAACCUGUUGGACAGAAGUAUACUUACGAGUGCCAACAUGGAGAACAGGAAUGUCUAGGUAACAUGAUUGAGACUUGUUUAAUGGACAUGACAGACAUGGCUUUCCUGGUCAUCUUCUGUAUGGAAUCCUCCAGUGAUGUCAUCAAGUCAGCCCAGAAGUGUGUGGAAAUCUACACCCCUGAAUUGAACUGGGACAACGUCAUGGGCUGUGUGAAGGGGGACAAGGGAAACCAGUUGAUGCAUCAGAAUGCCUUGAAGACCCAAGCACUGAAACCUCCACAUCAAUAUGUGCCCUGGGUGACCAUUAAUGGGGAGCACACAGAUGACCUGCAGGACAAGGCCAUGUCUUCUCUCUUCACUCUGGUCUGCAGCUUGUACAAGGGCCCCAAGACUGAGGCCUGUGGAGGUGCCCAGAAACACUACAGAAGCUACUGCCACAAUAAGUGAAGGAGCAGCACUGCACAUGCCUAUUAGCUUGCUCUGUUCCAGGUGUGGCCACUAAAUAAGAAACACUGAGGAAUGUCAUCAAAUAUUUUUUUACUUUAUUUUACUAUGUGUUUCUAUAAAAGGGAAAUCUGGUCGCCAUACUUUAUAAUUCACAGAAUAUAAAUACACUGUACAUUUUUAAAAAAUGUGUCAUCAUUGAUUGUUCUCUACUGAUUUCUACAUUUUGUAGCAUUCUGAUUAAAUGAUAGCAUUGUGGUA